AACACCGGCUCCUGGCGCGCCCCUGCUGGAGAUUGCAGAGUGGAAGGGGUCCAGGUCACCAUCCUCAUGCUGUCCCCUGGAGCCAUGCAGCCCUCUGCAGCGGACUUGCAGCUCGUCCCUGGGGCCCCAAGGCAAAUCCCAGCCGCAGACUCUGUGUUCUGUCGUGGGGCUGUCACCACGGUAGUGGCCUCCAGCUUGAUUGCCCUCAGCCUGGGAGUCCUUUUGGCCCUGCUGUCUACUCAGGGCGUCCAGGUGGAGCACAGCGCCGAACUCCGGGGGAUUCGCUUCGCCCGCGCGCUGCAACGCGACAACUCGGACUAUCACCGCACGCUCACCGCCGCCUUGGAGAAGCUGUUUCUAAGUAGUUUCCAGGAGACAGAGUUAGAAUCAAGCUGCGUGAGCUGCACAGUCAUCAGUUACAGGGAAGGAAAUUCCAGUGUCUUAGUGCGUUUCCAGCUACACUUUUUGCUUCGAGCCCUCCAGUCACUGAGUCUGGACCUUGAGGAGGAAUUAUUGCAGCAGGGUAUCCGGGAGAAGCUUCAAGAAAGAGGCAUCCCACUGGCUGCCUAUGGCACCAUUGUGUCAGCCGAGCUCAUAGGAAGCCGGAAGGGACCAGGGGCUGACAAGGACCUAAAAUCAGGGCACUGUCCUGAGAACUCCUUCGCCUGCCGCAGCAGCCAAUGUGUGACCAAAGUGAACCCCGAGUGUGAUGACCGGGCCGACUGCUCUGACGGCUCAGAUGAGGAGCUCUGUGAGUGCGGGCUGCGGCCGGCCUGGCGGGCGGCGGGCCGGAUCGUGGGCGGUGCGGAGGCAGCCCCGGGCGAGUUCCCCUGGCAGGUCAGCCUGCGCGAGAACACCGAGCACUUCUGCGGCGCCACCGUGGUGGGCGCCCGGUGGCUCGUGUCUGCCGCGCACUGCUUCAACGACUUUCAGGACGCCGCCGAGUGGGAGGCGCACGCGGGCUCCACUGUGCUGAGCGGCGCCGAGGCCGGCGCGGUGCGCGUGCGUGUGGCGCGCAUCGCCAGGCACCCGCGCUACAACGCGGACACCGCAGACUUCGACGCGGCCGUGCUGGAGCUGGCGCGGCCCCUGCCCCUCGGCCGCCACAUCCAGCCCGCCUGUCUCCCGGCCGCCUCGCACAUCUUCCCGCCGGGCAGCAAGUGCCUCAUCUCGGGCUGGGGCUAUCUCAAGGAGGACGUCCUUGUCAAGCCAGAGGUGCUGCAGAAAGCCACUGUGGAGCUUCUGGACCAGUCCCUGUGCGCCGGCCUGUACGGCCUCUCACUCACGGACAGGAUGCUGUGUGCUGGCUACCUGGAUGGGAAGGUGGACUCCUGCCAGGGCGACUCGGGAGGCCCCCUGGUCUGUGAGGAGCCGUCGGGCAGGUUCUUCCUAGCAGGCAUCGUGAGCUGGGGCAUUGGCUGCGCAGAAGCCCGACGUCCGGGGGUCUACGCCCGGGUCACCAGGCUGUGUGACUGGAUCCUGGAGGUCAUUGGCAUGGGCAGCUCACCCCUGGCCCCCACUCCUGGCCCUGCUGCUGCCAGCACUGCCAAGCUCACCAGCCCUAGUACCCCUGCCAAAGCCACACCUUCCCCCAGCGCCUCGGCCCUUGACAUUGUCACCACAGCUAAGACACAAGAGUGUGGAGCCAGGCCAGCCAUGGAGAAGCCGAUCCGCAUCGUUGGCGGGGCUGGGGCCGUGUCUGGGGAGGUGCCCUGGCAGGCCAGCCUGAAGGAGGGGACCAGGCACUUCUGCGGGGCCACCGUGGUGGGCGACCGCUGGCUGCUGUCUGCUGCCCACUGUUUCAACCACACACGGGCGGAGCAGGUGCAGGCCCACCUGGGCACCGUGUCUCUCCUGGGCAUUGGUGGGAGCCCUGUGAAGCGGGGACUGCGGCGGGUGACGCUUCAUCCGCGCUACAAUUCGGGGACCCUGGACUUCGACGUGGCGGUGCUCGAGCUGACCAGGCCCCUGAUCUUUGGCAAAUAUAUCCAGCCUGUCUGCCUCCCACUGGCCAUCCAGAAGUUCCCAGUGGGGCGCAAGUGCUUGAUCUCAGGCUGGGGCAACACACAGGAAGGGAAUGCCACCAAGCCCGACCUUCUGCAGAGGGCGUCCGUGGGCAUCGUGGACCAGAAAACCUGCAGUGUGCUCUACAACUUCUCACUCACCGACCGCAUGCUCUGUGCUGGCUUCCUAGAGGGCAGGGUGGACUCUUGCCAGGGUGACUCGGGGGGCCCCUUGGCCUGUGAGGAGACCCCAGGUGUGUUCUACCUGGCGGGGAUUGUGAGCUGGGGCAUCGGCUGUGCCCAAGCCAAGAAGCCCGGUGUGUAUGCACGUGUCACCAGGCUGAAGGGCUGGGUCCUGGAUGUGAUGUCCUCGGGGACCCUGUCCACGUCACCUCUGUCUACCAGGAGACCACCAGCCACCACCAGCCACCCCUCCAGGACAACCACCAGUCUCACGGCUCUGGGGGUCACCACCAGCAGACCUUCCACACCCAGGGCCACCAGCCUGGGGACUGUCCCCCCUGCCAGCACCACUGUGUCUGCUGUGGGUGCCACUACUAGGGGACGGACUCCACCUCCAGGUGCCCCAGAGACCACCACGCCCUUCCAGCUGCCAGACUGUGGCCUGGCACCCGCCGCAGCGCUGGCCAGGAUUGUGGGAGGAAGCGCUGCGGGCCGCGGUGAGUGGCCGUGGCAGGUGAGCCUGUGGCUGCGGCGCCGGGAGCACCGCUGCGGGGCUGUACUAGUGGCUGAGAGGUGGCUGCUGUCGGCUGCACACUGCUUCGAUGUCUAUGGGGACCCGCAGCAGUGGGCCGCCUUCCUGGGCACGCCGUUCCUGAGCGGCAACGAGGGCCAGCUGGAGCGCGUGGCGCGCAUCUACAAGCACCCGUUCUACAACCUCUACACGCUGGACUACGACGUGGCGCUGCUCGAACUGGCCGGGCCGGUGCGCCGCAGCCGCCUGGUGCGCCCCAUCUGCCUACCCAGCCCCUUGCUGCGGCCCACGGACGGCCUGCGCUGCGUGAUCACCGGUUGGGGCUCGGUGCGCGAGGGAGGCUCCAUGGCGCGACAGCUGCAGAAGGCAGCCGUGCGCCUCCUGAGCGAGCAGACGUGCCGCCGCUUCUACCCGGUGCAGAUCAGCAGCCGCAUGCUGUGCGCGGGCUUCCCGCAAGGCGGAGUGGACAGCUGCUCGGGCGACGCUGGCGGACCUCUGGCCUGCAGGGAGCCUUCUGGCCGCUGGGUACUAACGGGGGUUACCAGCUGGGGAUACGGCUGCGGCCGACCGCACUUCCCAGGUGUUUACACUCGGGUGUCUGCAGUGAGAGGCUGGAUAAGCCAGCACAUCCAGGAGUGAGUCGCGUGGCCGUCCACGUGAGAGCUGCCCGCCAUGCCAUGCCCCCAGGUUGCUAGCAGGCCCCCCAGGUUGCUAGCAGGCGGUGGAGGUGGGCGGGAAUGGAGUGCAAUUUGCAUGUUUUCUUACAAUAAACAGUCCCUUGCCCCAACCUUGCUGGAUCAGCAUCUUUCCGUGCCCGGAAGUGGGGGAAGCAGGGAAACAAGCCUCCCACUGGAAGGGAUGUUAGUUUUUAGUGUAGUGAUGUCCCACCUCAUUUCCAACCCUCUGCCCAUCCCACCCCCUCUUGGGUAUUGAACCCGGAACCUUCCCAUUCAACGGUAUCCCUAGUUUUGACAAAGGGUGUCUUGAGAUCCUUUCAGCCUUCCAGA